AUGUCUUCUCAAGUCAUCUACCCUAGCUCUGGUGUGACCAGUACGCCGGACCAGACAUCUAAGCCUACCCCAAACGUUACGUCAACUGAGACUCAGCCGCCAAAAGACCAGCUCCCUCAGAACUUGGUCAAUGCUAUGCAAGCAAUCUUUGGCAAGCACCCUGGAUACCGAACAACUCAUGCCAAAGGCCUGCUUGUCGAGGGCACCUUUACGCCAACAGAAGAGGCCAAAAAGCUUUCCACAGCUGCCCACUUCAAUAAUCCUUCGACAAAGGUUAUCGCUCGGUUUUCUGUCGGCGGCGGUCUCCCCCAUGUUGCAGACGUGGCCGAUGGUGCUACACCCAAGGGCGUUGCCAUUCGCUUCCAGAUUGACGAGAAUACUCACACUGAUCUCAUCAGCCACUCGUUCAAUGGGUUUGCAACGCGAAAUGGCGAAGACUUCCUGACUUUCCUGAAACUCUUUGGCGCUGAUGGGUUUACCGAGGCGCAGCUCAAGAAGGCCAAGGCUGGCGGCGGAGACUACUCAAAGGAGCAGAAGGCUUAUGACCAGGCUCACGCUGCGUUUCUGUCGUUCCUUGGGAACCCUGAGCACAAGUCUGCUGCUGUAUUUGUUGCUUCGGAGAAGCCCAAUCCUCAUAACUACGGAACUAUCACGUAUUACGAGCCCAAUACGCAUGUCCUCACCAACAAACACGGCCGUGUCACUAAUGUCCGCUACCGUCUUGACCCCGCUGAUGGAGAGCACCUUUACCCCAACAAGACUCCUGAGGAUAAAGAAGUGCUUGCGAAGCUAGGUAACGACUACUUGGAGGAUGACCUCCGAGAGCGCUUCCCAGACAAGCCAAUCGUGCUUACCAUUCAAGCGCAUAUUGCUGGUCCGGAUGACGUGCUAGAUGACGCUACCAUACCAUACCAAAGCAAGACGUUCAUCCCUGUUGGCAAGCUGGAGAUCAACAAGGUUUCAGAUGACAAUGCGGCUAAGCAGCAACAGAUCGCCUUCAAGCCUAACCCGGAGAAAGGCGGUAUUGAGGGUAUUAAGUCAUCCAAUGACCCAUUGAUCCAAGCACGGAAGGGAGUUUACUGGAUCAGUUCGGAUCAGCGAAGACAUGAAAAGCAGGUUGAAUAG